UGACACUGACACAAUGCCAUGGCUCCAGACAUUGAAAUUCCGAGAAUUAAUUCGAGAGAGGAAUCUCCUGCAGAAUCUCGCUUGAGCUCGUCGGUGCUGCUGGACAUUGUUGGUGGUGCCAGUGGUGAACAGAAUGCAGAGAGCAUAGAAGGCUUGCUGUCAGGAACUGCAAGUGCCAGGAAUCGCCCUCGGUUUCGAGAAGUUCUGGGCAUUUGCAUGGUCUUGGUUGCUUCAUGUAUCGCAAUUUACUUUCUGUACUGGAUGCGGAGAGUCUUGGUGCCUUUGACUUUCGCAAUUUUCUUAGCAUUUCUUUGCGAGCCUCUCCUGGCAUUAUUGGUCAACCUGCCCAGGUGUGUGGGGAGGGCACUUCAACAACUCGGAUCCCGAAGGAAGCAUCGGCGUGAAACAAGCGGCACCAAGAUGGGGAGAUCAGAUCAAGAGGACACUGGAGACAGCUCGGACGCAGAUAGCACUCUGAGUGCUGCAGCGAGCCCGAUCAGUGAAUGCGAAGGAGGUGCCGCCAGAAAUUGCUGUCACUCAUGUGAAAGAUGGCUCCUUCAGAUUUGGAGCAUAUUCUCGGUGAUUUUUGUGGUUCUGUCUUUCCUGGCAGUUAUCUUCUGGAUUUUCUAUGGUGUUGUUAAAGUCUUCGCGGACUUUGAUUGGGGUCAGUUUAAAGACUCAGAGAAAAUGGAGAAAUUGAAGAUGAUCCUGUCCAACUUUGGCCUCGUCCAUAGUGGCCUUGACAUCGACUGGAAGCAGAUCGCAGCCGAGUUCAGAAGUUACUUGCUUGAAAUGACAUCCUCCUUCUUUAGUUUCAUCGAAGGGAUGAUGCUUUGCGUGCUGAUGUUCAUCUUUUGCUUGAUUGGUUUGCUCCCAGAGAUUCACUCAGGGCGUCGAGACUCACCGGUGAAGGAUUUGGUGCAAAGAUAUUUGAUGUGCAAAAGCGUCUCCAGCUUUGUGAUAGCAGUGUUCGUGAUGCUGGCGCUUUGGUGGAUGCAGGUUCCUCUAACCAUCGUGUGGGGAUUGGUUACCUUCGUCACAAAUUUUAUUCCCAAUUUAGGCCCGCUGUUCGCAAUCAUUGCCCCGAUCCCUUUUGUGUGGCUUAAACCUGAUGGCACGCUAUUGGACACAUUCAUUGUGGUCUUAGUCCAAUUCCUUGUUCACAACAUUGCUGGAAACCUCAUUGAGCCCCAAAUUAUGUCUCAGGGCCUUUCAUUGCAUCCUCUCAUCAUCGUUGUUUCGUUGCUGUUCUGGAGCAGCGUGUGGGGCAUUGCUGGUGCCAUUCUCUCCGUGCCCAUUACUUGCGUCUUCCGGCUGUGGCUCAGUCAAUUCGACGAUCGUCGGGCCCAGCGCUUGCACAAACUCUUCGAUGAUCCAAUGGGGUGAGCUCCUUCUUUGAGCUCGGCAGAUCCAAAGAGAGACCACUUUCACAACGGCAAAAAAAAAUGCUCGGCUCGCAAUGCGUAGGCAAUCUGCUCGCAUAUCGCUCAAUGAU